CUACAUUACCCAUGUACCUUUGCGAAGAGGGUACUUGAGAUUUUUCUGAGUAGUGAAGCACUGUUUGAUACUGUUUUCUGUUCAUUUAUAAAUGAACUUUCUUUGAUACUCGUUGAAUCAGAGAUUCAUGGAGGCAGAAAGUAGCGAGGCUAUCUCGAGUGUCUUUGGCGUAGAAGACAAUGGCGGAGAAGCCAAAACAGCCGUGGAAGAGGCCGGUGCGGACGACGAAAUUGAGCAAGGGUCCGGGUUCGAGUUGGAUUUGGAAGCCGGCGAGGAGGGUCUUGAUAGCAACGAAAAUAGCAAAGAAGAGGACGAAAACGAGGAGUCCGAGCACGGAUCUGCUGCUGACGAGGGCGACUCAAGUGACGAUAAGGAUGAGCGGACCUUCCCUCUCUUUGAGGUGUUCCCCUACAUCCGCUGCACGCUCUGCAAUGGCUAUUUCGUGGACGCCACUACCAUCACGGAGUGCCUGCACACGUUUUGUAAAAGCUGUAUUGUGAAGCACUUCUUCUACAGUAACAGAUGUCCAAAUUGCAAUGUUGUCGUCCAUCAGACUCAACCAUUAUACAACAUCAGGCUUGACAGACAACUGCAGGACAUUGUGUAUAAGAUGGUCCCACAUCUUGAAGAAAGAGAGAGAAAGCGAAUGCAUGAUUUCUACCAAGAGAGAGGACUGGAAGUGCCAAAGCCAGCUGCUCCCCCGCCCACUGUGAAGACUAGCAAGCAAAAGAAAGGACUACUUCCCCAAUCUGUGUUCACCAUCCCACCAGAACUGGAUGUGUCCCUGCUGCUGGAGUUUGUGGGAGCGGAGGAGGGCAUUGAUAACUACAAGCCCCUCGAGAGGAAGUAUGUGCGGGUGUCUGGAGAGGCCACAGUCCGCCACGUGGAGCUCUUCAUCAGGAGGAAAAUGGAGCUGAACCCAGGCUGCCAGGUGGAUGUUGUUUGUGGGGACCAUUUGCUGGACAGGUGCCAGUCACUGAGAGACAUUCAAAAUACCAUGGGGGAGAGUGCUAUCCAGGAUGGGCUCCUCGUUCUGCACUUUGGUCUUGUUCUACCUCCUGGAUAUAAAGAGUGAUCAGGAGUGGAUUUUCGUCCUGUACUUAUUGUUACACUGGCCUCAGCCAAUCUGACACCUCUCCAGCGUUCGGUAAUGAAGACCAAGAAGAUGCAAAUUAUAGGAAAACUGGGCAAGAACUGGAACCCUGGAAGGAGUCUGUUCAUAAAAGAUUAAUCUCAGUUUCUGUGUGUUCUUUGCUGAUUUUGUCCAGGUCCGUUCUCUUCAGGUUCUAAUCUACUACUUGGCAUGGCGCAGUUCAUAGUUAUUUUUGCAGCUUCAUGGCAAGUAAUGUUCCACAGCCUUAGUCAUGUUCUCCAUCCAUUAAAGCUCUUCUCAGGAUCUUCUGCUUGCGUUAAUACAAAUCUGCGUGAAAUGUUCCCACAUUUUAGUUGUUUAAAUCACAUUUCUCAAUGGUAACGUAUACCUUUCAGUGGAAUUUUGUGCACAAUAGAGCAUUAUUUUAAGAGCUGAUGAAAGCUUACAUUACACUAUGUGAAGCACCACUUUGACACCCGACACAUACUCCUUUUACAUUAGUGAUGUUGGGGAAGUGCUCCCCUAAUGACCUCUACACAUGGAUGCUACAGCAGAGAAAGCACUUAACAAGAUUCCCUUUCCUUGUGUCACUGCAGUGUCCUCAUCUCUGAAGUUUACUGUACAAAAAUAAUAAAUAGAAGUUCCUGUUAA